GUUUUUUUGUCAUUUUUUGUUUGACAUUCCAAAUUAAAUCAUCUAUGCAAUUUAAAUUAUUCAAUUCAAUUAUCCUGCUUCUGUCACUCUUUAGCCAGAUGGUAGAUGUAGAUCAUUUAUGGGAUUAUUUAUAUUUAGAUUCUUUUUAUGUGAGGAUAACAUUUUUAAAGAUUUGAUUUUGCUUUUAAAAGCGUAUACUUAUUGCAGUAAAUAUUAGAGAUUGUCACAAAUAUUUAUGAAGCUUGAGGAUGUAUUUAAUCACUUGUUUUACUUUGGACACCUGAAAUUGUAUUAUACCCCAUAUUUACAUAAUUAAAGUUACAAAUUGGGUGACAUCUGUAAAAAUUUCCAAUACAGGCACAACUUACUUAACAUUAGUUGAUAGAAUGCAAGGUGGAUAUAUUGGCAGUGGCAGGUUACUAAAUGUGUUUCAGACAGAUCAGAAGUGGACUGACUAAGCACCCUCAAAUUCAUGCUAAAUUUUUUUAUGCUGAUGUUCUGUUAUCAAGUCCAUCCAGGAUGUUCACUGUGAAAUUUGGAGAUGAGGAGGUGCAUUUAGCAAGAUGAUAAAUGUUCUGUUCCUUCUAUGGCCAGGAAGAAAAUUAAAACAUUUUCAUAAUGACUUAAGGGGGCAAGCCCAAGGUUAAUUCUUCAAAGAGAAGGAAUAGUAUUGAUCUGCAUAGGACCCUUGCAUUUAUAAGCAGCUAUCACUGUGGCAUGGAAGCGAGCAAUGAUCUAGGCCGAACGACUGUCUAGUAAUGAGUUUAUGCUUGCGUGUACGUGUUCGAGCACAAUAUUCAGCUCUUUUUUGUACACAAAGUUUGAUAGAUAGAUAGAUAGAUAGAUAGAUAAUAUACAAAAUAUGAGUAAGAUGAAUGAGAUCUCACAUAGGCAUGGAACUGGACUAUGCCAAUGAUACUGAACUGGAUGUUUGACCCUUAAAUGACUAGAACUUUUAAAGGGACAGCAUGAACAUUUAAAGGGGUGUAAUUUCAUUUAAUAAACCUAUUUCCCAUUCCCCUCAGCUCACUUGCACUUUCAGACCAUAAGGUUUAGAUUUACAGAAGGUGCUGGUGCUCCACAGCAUGUCCUUGGGGCUGUGAAUCAUCCAUGGCGGGGAUGUUUAACGUGUCUGAGGCCUCUCUGCCCACUCGUCUCCCGCCAGUGUGAUGUCAUGUCAUUGAGAGGCACUUUAUCAGGGAACCAAGGACAAGGACUGCUCCCCAAAGCUCAACAGAAGGAGGAGUAGUGUUCUUAGUCCCACUGCAGCAGCUAAUGGCAUCCAGGCUGUGAGUAGCUUUGUGUUACUUUGUGAGUAAGUUUGUUGACCAGCAAGACAGUUUUGGAGUUUUGGCUGAGUUUUGGAAAAAAGGUUCCUACCACAUUUACCCCCUCCCUCCAACCCCGCUGCCCUGUUCAUUAAUGGUGUAAAUGUGAGCAUAAGUUAUUGUGAAGUAUUUAUUCCUCAGGGGGUUAGACCCAUAAAUCUGUACCUGGGUUGUCCUGGUAACCUCUGUAAUCACAAAGUUGUAGAGGGGGCUUUUGUUUUGAAAACGCUACUUGGAUUUCAUUAUGUCUGUUUGGUGAUGGCAGGUACUCUGAGGUACAAAGUGUACAUUAUUGCGCCCCUGUAAUAACUAUAAUAACUGAUUCGAGUCAGCCCUUUGGUCAUAAAAGCACCCAUAAUUCCAUCACAGGUCUCUAGAUAUGACAGAAGCAGUUAAUUAACAAAGGGAACUGCCCUCAAAGGGCAGGCUCAUUCGAAUUAAGACUGACUUUUUAUUUGUUCAUUUAUUAACUUCAUUUCAGCAUUUGUUCUUGUAUAUAAUUGCUCACACUUGGGUGUGUUGGAGUGUUUCGGUUGAAACCAUUUUUCUGGUGCUCAUUCAAAAUGCUCAUUCAAAAUUCAGAAACCAAUAUUCCCAAUGCUCGUUCAAAAUUCAGACCUUUUUGUUCAUUUAUUUAUUUGUUUUAUUUAAAUGCCAGACGGCCUCGUGCCCCUUCCUGAUAUACAAGCAGGAGUUUUGAGGCCGUUGUUUUUCAGAUGAGUUGACAUUAAGCGCUAAGCGUUUACCCAACGAAGGGUGUGGAUGUUUCUCUUCUUUCCUCCCUUGUGCCGUCACGGUGAAGGUAGAUUUUCUUGGCGUGGGGGUUGCGAUUGUUUAUCUCUUUUGUUAAGCCUCGCACUGACUCUGGUUGAGUUAAUAAAACAUAAGGCGACACCAUUUACAUGGCUGAAUGGUCUUACUGGUCUCUGAAGAUGGAAACAUGCGGUGAAGAAGAGAAGUGCUGUCUUAAUUUGAAGUCUUUGCCAAUGCAGUUCAUCCCUUUUAGAGCACUUGGUAACAUCUGUGGCAUAAUAUUGAACACUCUUACAGUAUAUCAUGGGGAAUGGGAUGUACAUAGGUGUAUGUUUCUCCGUCUACAUCUGUACUUAUUUGGUCCAAACUCUGGUCGGAGUUGUCUCCCAUUGGUUUUUUUUUUUUUAACUGUCCAGUUACUGAAGCGAAUGGAUUAUUGUCACUAGAUUCUGUUUCACAUGUUAAGUGGUGUAGCCGCAGGUUCAAAAGAUGAUCUGGACGGUCAGCGCUGGAUUCUUAACGUUUAAGUUUAUGUGUCUCUGUUGUUUAAGCUGUGACCUGAGAUAAUAGAUGGCUUAUCGGAGAUUAUUACCUCCAGCUCUCUAGUAUUGAAUAUAUCAUUCCUUUUUUCAAUAUUGAUUGCUCAACUCUUAUUACUUUUCAAUGUUUCUGAGCCCCCAAGAUGCAAUGUGACCAAAAUGUGGUUUCAUUUAACCUAUGUAAUCAAUUUCCUGAAACAUUCCAACAUGCAUCUUGUGAAUACUUAUGAGGGGACAUGACCAAGGGCGAUACCAUGGCAACAGAUGUUCUGUCCUUAGGAAUGUUGCCUCCAUGUAUAUUCAUAAUGGCACGAGAAACCGCUUAUCAGCUGGAACUUUCAAGAUUAGGAAAGAAAAGAAGCAAGAGCAUUUUGUUAUUGUAGGGUAUUUUUCAUAUAUGUUCAUCCUUGGGGGGGAAAAAAACUCAAACGUAGUACCAGACUGUAAAAGUUUUCUUUUAUGUAGCUCCAGGUGGGCAGUGUACCGUGAUUCCUUUCGGCAUUCACAUUUAACACGUUUCCUUUGAAGACUUGAAUACUUCCUUCACAUAUCAGUUUAUUUUCUUCCAAGUACUUGUGCAGAUGAGGCCUGCCAUCUUUUCACAUCAAAUAUAAGAAAAAUACAUUAAUUUGAUAGUAAUUAUGUCCAAAAUAGCCGUGGGUCGACUCUCGCUCCCAGGCCUGGUGCUGACCUUUCCUUUGUUUUUCGCGGAACUGAAAUGUAUCUCUUACUAAAUGUCCUUUGUUGUUACUUUUUAAAUCAUUGAAAUGCAUCCCUACUAUUGCUGAAUAUUUUCUGGUUCUUGUUUUCUUUUUGUUUUAAGGAUACCCACGCCUAUUCUAUCAGCACAAGUAAAUAUUUAGCAGUCAGCCUUGCGAAGCUUUGUACAAACCAAGGGAGAACUCUUUCACCCUGUGUACUUAUUACGUCUGGAACUAUUCCAGUGCUAAAUUGCAUUUCUGAUGUAUUAUUUUAUUUGACAGGAUUAUGUGAGAACAAACCCAGACACUUUGAACAUCAGUGAUGUGCAAAAUGUAUGUAAAUGUGGCCAUUUCUGUCUGAAGAACACAGAAACUUCAAUAAUUUUCAUUUCCUGAGCUUAGUGAGAUGCAACAGUUCACUCUAAAUCACUAUCCUAGGGACCUGUGUUUUUGCAGGGAUUUGUUCCAGUCAAUCUGGUAAAUAAUUAAGGUUGUUUUCUUUAGCACCCGUACUGAUUUUUCCUGUUAAAUCCUUUAUUGAUGAGAAACAACAUGAAAAAUAAUAGUCCUUUCUCAGAUCUCUCCCAUCACAGUGAUUUGUAUGUGUACAAACAAGAUUUGAGUAUUUAAACAACUGUCAACAGAUACUUUUUUCCAUUGCUCUGUUUUAGAGUACUUUAUGAAAAAUGCCUGCCUCAUAGUAUGCAUUCCAAGCAUGCACUGAAAGCUGAAAAUGGAAGGAUAGAAUUAGAGAUGUUGAGGUUGGUGCAGAAUGGUUGAGCUGUAUUUGUUUGCAGGGCGUACAUGGCAGGGUGCUAAAUCAAUGCUAACACCACGCGCUGCCCAGACUGAGCAUCGAGGGGGGGGUGCUAAUGUGCAGUGGCAGUGAAGGGCGCUGUCUGACGUAUGCACUGCGCACAGGUCAGGCUGGAGGUGCGAGUGCUCUUAUUGAGGGAACUGCUGGACAGAAAGUACCAAGCGUCAUUCCCACCUCUCAUUAUUGGCAAUAAUGGGUAUUUCCUGAAUGGGAGAAAACCAUGCAUUCGUCGGUAAUGAAAACAGUUCAUGUGUGUGCGUGUGUGUGUGCGUGUGUGUGUACGUGCAUGUGCUUGUGUUUGUUUGUUUGUUUCGAGGGUGGGAGAGUUGGAGUUGUAGUUGAUGGAUACACUAGUGGUGGACCACACUGUCAAUGUACUGUACGUGACUGGAGCAUCAAACUGCAGCUUUGACUCACGUGUGCCCUUUGUCAUGUAGCUCAUACAAUAUAAGGAAAUGCAUCAUGACCUGUCCUGUUCUCGGUAACAGAAUUACCAUGACAACACUCCGGCAGCAGCUACUGUAUUAGAAACACCUUUCAGAGCAGGAAAGAAAUUCACCAGAGAAAGAGAAGGGAGGACAGCUUUCAUUUUAAGGUGAAGUCAAGCAGGGAUUGUGUCAGUUUUGCAGAGCCCCCCCUUUGAAAUAAUGCACACCUUAAUGAUUCAUACGAAACACAUCAAUCUCUGUUACUGUUAGGAAUGAUGGUCCCUGGGUACAGAAAAUGUCCAUCCAUUUCAGAAUAUGUAAUGACAAGAUAUGCCGGCAUGUCAGUUAAAUCAUACCUCUAGGUGCAUGUGUUUAAGUGUUUGUCUCACUGGAACCUCAACAGUGAAAAUUUUGACAUUUUUUCCUGUAGUUAAGAGCACUCUGUCUCCACAAAGUGGUUUACCAUUUGACUAAUGAAUUGUAACAGGUUUGUUCAUGUCGUUAAUAUUGCAAAGUUUCUCGGUUACAAAAAGUUAAUGGAAGACAUUGUGUACAAAAAAGAAAGACUUCAAUUCUUCAAAACUAAGGACAGGGAAUCUUCCAUAUAUUUUUGACAGAUAUCGGAAUGACUGAACAUUUGUGCGGUCAAAUGUGUUUUGCUUCUUCCAUGUUCUUCACAUUUAAUUCAAUCUACAUCCGCAACUCCGUCAGUGUUUGGACAUUGUUUGCAAGUCCGUUCUGGCCAGCUUUGUCUCCAGAAGGUGCAUGAAAGUCUGGCAUCAAACUUUCUGGGUGUAUGCUGUGAUGUGCCAGACCUAAUGAUGUCUUGACAAGAUGUUUUGCAGUCUUUCAGUGGCUCAAGUGAAAUCAAAGUUACCAUUUCACCUUUUUCAAUUAAAUAUGAUUGAUCUAGAAACUGCAUACAGAACAGUGAAGCAAAUUAGUCAGGCCCUGACAUUUACCCAGUUCUAUUUAUUCUGAUAUCCGGAGAUGUGUCACUUAUUUUCAUUGACUUUUUUCCAUUAACUAUUUCAUGUCUUGCCCCAAAUGCUUUCCGAGAAACAAUUUUCUCUAAAAGAUGACCAAAGCGUGUUCGAGAAUUCCAUCGCCGCCCGACCGGCAAAGCUUCAGAACGGCGCCUCAUCCCCGCACCGGCAGGCUGGCGCGCCUGUCCCUGCAGGCGGGGUGGCAGAUGGCGGCACCGGCCUUAAAACGGGGGGCAGCCAGCAUCUGAAGAACGCCCUCAAUCUAGGGAAGGUCAUGGGCGCCAAGGUGAACGAUCUGCUCCGCCGCAGAGACACGGGGAACCUGGGCGUCGUCGGGGUGACGGAGGUGAACAGGAGCGCGGAGGCCGUGUGGUCCUGCAUCGAGAGCGGCACCCAGGGCAUUGUGGGAAACAGUCAUGUGACAAUGGACUCCUUCCCCCGCCUGGACCCGCCCCCUUCCACCAGUAAGAAACGCCUCCCUCGUGCUCUGACUACCACCCAGGACAUGAUGAUCUCUUCCUCGCCUGUGGUGGCCACACCCUGCGUCUCUGAGUCUUCCUAUAUGGCAUCGCCUAAAAAAAUGCCCCUCAUCCGGAGGGCAGGGUCCACUGAACAGCUGGAGAAGGACGGAGAGGAGGCGGGGGAGGGACCAGAGAAAGAUCCUGCACUUUUUGCUAUGGAUUGCAAGGUUACAGCAGAAGAUGGACCUCCCUCCAAUGACACAUCUCUUAGCCUAGAGGGACCAGGGGAGCAGAAGGUGGAAGAGGAGGAAGAGGAUGACCUAUCCCAGCUCCUGCUCUCAGUGCCGGACCUUAUCCACAAGGACAUACUGGACCCAAAGCAGAAUCCUGGAAGCCCAGAGUCAUGGGGAGCCUCCAUACCCCACCCAGAGAAUGCAGGCUUCUGCAUCACCCUGAAUGAUGACAAUUUCCUGGGGAAUGGGUCUCUGGACUCAGGGGUGUCCAGAUUGACGCCUCUCAGUGCUGACAAGGAGGACCCUCACCCAGACCUGCUGUCCUUCGAGUAGAGUAACUGCCGUGGCUGGUAGAACUGGGAGAGAAUUCCAUGUAUCCAUGUCCUCACAUGACUUUCUGCUUCCUGUUUGACCUCCUUUUUAUGACUUCCUCUUAAUAGCUGCUGUUUAUGACUUCCUGCUUCACUUCCUGUUUAUGAUUUCCUGCUUUAUUUACUGUUCCUGACUUCCUGUAAGCUCUGCAGUGGUAGAGUAGAGUGAAGGGGUUGCCUAAAAUGGAGUUACUGUAACUCGAUAACACCAGUUUGCCUUGAUAAAAACGAUUGCACUCGUUAGAUUCCACUUCUGCAAAAUGGAGUGGGGAUGCUAUAGACAGACCAAAGUCGCUUUUAUCAAAGCUCAAAGGAAAGUACAAAUUCCUUGAUCUACUGUAACACCUAAAACCAUUGUGUCCAGAAAAGUAGUGUCCAUGUGUUCAGUGGCCUUUUUUUGAGUGAAGAAUUUAAGAUUGUGAAUCGUGUUCAAAAAAUGUGGUGCCUGAAACUUCUUUUUUGUAAUAAUCCGAUUUUUAUCCUAGGGUGUUAACUAAAAUAAUGCAAACCCAUAUAAAAACAUAAAAUGAAAUAUACCUUCUUUGAGCACGAAGCAGCAGUGAAAAACGUAAAUCUCUGUAUUCAAUAAUAAUUAAGUUUUCAUGUGUAACCAUGGGGAAAUUCCGAGCAUGAAAUCUAUCCACAAAAUCUGGAUAAAACCUCAAAUCUGAAUCCCAUGUUGUCCGUUAACAUAAUUCUCUAACCGACAGGAACGGAUUACAGAGCCUGUACUAUUUUAGGAAGCAUUUGUUUUCACCUGGGUAUUUUUAUUAUUUGUUCCUUUCGUCACUGCCCGGUGCUGCUUAUUCAUGCGGUAAGACCGCCGAUUGUUAAGACGUUUGUUUGUUUCACGGCUCCAUCGACAGUCAUUACACCUAAUCCCUAUCAGCCCCUUCCAGGGACAAAGCCUUUUCUUAAAAACCGCUGCCACGCCAGGGCUCCUCCUAUGGUUUUUUUGUUCUUUUUCUUUUUCCAUUUACCAGUGUUAUAACCCAAUGGACAGAGACAGCAGGGGUGCAUUGUCAGACUGAAUACAGGGAAAGGCUUAGUUCAGGCCUGCGUAAUAGAAAUGCACAGAGUAAAGGGGUUCCUUCCAGUCCUGGGCUGCUGGCUUGGAAAAAUAACAAUGUUGUUUUUCACAUCUCAUUGAAAUUACAAGGUCAGCUGUAAGAGAAAUUAUUAUUUUGCUUAGCCCGAGAACUGCAGGAAGUGUUGCAUCACUUUGAUAAUGGAUGAACCUAUCCCCUUAAAAUUUUUAAAGGGUAAAGCUACGUAGUGGUGUGUAUUUGCUGUUUUAUAGGAUGGUUGCUUGUUGAAAAUAGAUCCGUGGCAGUUUCUACAGAUUUUUUUCCACUGAAAGGAACUGCAUUUAUAUGGCGUUUAUAUGGAUGUGAACCACAGAACUGUAUAAGAACGACAGAAGUUAACCGUAAGUGUGAAAUUGUAUUGGUUGUCAAGGAUGUUGUUGGAAAGGUGAGCACAGGAAUGUACCCGGAUGUGCCGUGAUGUAGCCGUGAAUGGCAAAUCAUGGCUGUUUUUUUGAACACCCUUAAAAGAAAAAUCUGAAUCGUACCAACAAAUUUUUUCAAAAAUUCUUGUGGCCGUUCGUGGCCCCUCUGUUUCUUGGAGCCCGUUUUAUUUGAAAUUGUUGAAACUGCCGCAGCGCGCCUCUGCAUGCAGAUGUUACAAGGGGCUGUCAGUCUUGCCUUUGCAUCACAGGUGCAGGCAGCUGUGAAACAGAGCUGGGGGAAUGUUUUACAUGCGGCUCAUACAGCCGAUGGUAAAACGGAAGCAAAGCAAACAGAAGGCGGUUUACCUUUUGAAUUCUGAGCUCUGCCUCCUUAGCUGGAAGUCCCAGCCUCCACCAGUUCUCCUCCAAUAAGCAGUAAUGACACUGUGACUCUGAUAAGGAAAUGGUGUCCGUCGCUCCGAUCACAUUGAAGUUUGCUGUUUGUGAGUUUGAAAGCUUGGACUUUACAAGGUAAAUCAGUACCUUGGCGUUGCACUUAGACACAAAUUUUAUGCAUGACCAAACCUUAAUAUAGCACACAGAAUGGUGCGUAUUCCCUUCUCCAGUGUUCCAUAAUGAUAUUAACAAAGUAACAUUUGAGUCACAUACAGAGCGCAGUCCAAUCCUUAGGUGUAGUUGUAGUUAUUGCUGCCUGGAGGUAGUAAUAUUGGCUUGUUUGCAUGUGCCAUUGCUGUAGAUGAUAAGAAAAAAACCCUAAAGGAUGUAAAGAAGCAAGAUAAUUAUGUUUGCUCGGGUUUGAAAUACUCAUGCUUAAUGAUGAGAUUCAGAUGUGGUCAGAUUCUGUUUGUCAAGAUGGUCGCUUAUGUGAUACUGCUGGCAUCCGGGCCGGCCAGAGGACAGAGCUCUGUGGAACAAAUGUAAUAGUCACUCUGUCAUCAGCUUGCAAUUAGUCUUUUCCUGGAAAAUUCUUGGAAUGCGGUUACUGAACAGCACUGGCCAGGUAAUGAAGCAACUUCUGACUACACUGAGCUGUAGGACCCCCUCCACUCCUUUUGUGUUUGUGUGUGUUUGUAUCAAGCUUGUAUUUCUUUGUUCAAAAGGACAUAUGCUAACAAAUGGACAAAGCAUGACAUGACAGAAUAACUUUUAGAGUAGUCUUUUAACACACUGUUUGUUAUAAUCAUUUUCAUGUCAAUUGUAUCGUCUGAUUUCAGAAUUUUCUGAAAAACUGACUGAUUUAGUAAUGCAUUUUAGUAUGUUUGGAUAGAAACGGUUGUUUUCUAAGAAAAAAAAACUAUUUAUGCAGUUUAUAUAUUUCAUAUGAUGACAGGUGCAUCUUCAAGUAUAUGGUAACUAUUCAUUUAAAGUGUCAUAUUUUGAAAUCAGUAUUUAAAAAGUUGGAUACAAUAAUCCAAAUAAGCUUUGCAAUGAUAUAUAAAUUCUAUGCAGAUAACUAGACACAUAGGGGUUCUUUAAAUAUCAAAAGAUCUGUGAUCUAGUGAUUUACUGAUACCAAUCUAAUACAGAAGUGACAUGUUUUUCCCCUUAUGUAAUGAGAUAUAUUUUAGAGCACAUUUUAGGUUUUUGAAAAAUAUGUUUUUUUUGUUUUGUGGUUCGUAUUUUGGCCAGAAAGUGAGAUAAACAUGAAAUUGCUGUAUGUUUAUUAUUGAAUAUUUUUACAUGUAAGGGCGAGUGAAGGAUUUACAUUUGGUCAGUGUUUAAUAGCAGUAGCAGUGUUCAUAUUGCCAGUAGUAUUUGUUUGCCUAAUUGUAUCCCGCCAUGAUCUUUACGUUUGACCUGUAGACCGCAAAAAAAUUAAGCAUCUUAAGCAACACAAAUGGAGAAAGAAGGUCACUAAAAUACUAAGCCUUAACCCUUAAAUGCUAAUAGUUCAAUACUAUGGUUGAUUAAAAACAUUGUUUAAUAAGUGAUAUAUAUAUAAAUAAAGUAAAUUAAUGUAACUCAUCACCAUCUCUAUGCACCAGUAAUGCAGUCCUGACUGAAGCCAUGUUCACAUAAGCAUAAUUGUCCAUACUGUCUUUUUAUGCCUUAAACAUUGAGACAUGACUACUGUUGUAAACGUUAUACUUACCUUUGUAUCUGGUAAUUUUUAUAUUUUGGUCUGUGCUGAAAUAGCUGAAAUUUUGUCUGGGCCAACUAAGCUAAAACUGUUUCCCAUGCCCAGUUUAUUGUGAGAACUGGUCCGAAACAUUUUGGUUAAAAUGGUUAAUGGAGGGGAAAAAUCUAAAAACUUAGUAUUUUUAGUUGUUUUUGUUUAAUCCUAGAUUAUUUUGUUUUUCUAGAUAUGAUUGCAAAGCCUGUUUCAGAAUAAGAUGUUUCUCAGAUAAAAAGUUCCUUGCAGAACAAAAGUUGGCCAAAAGUGUUAACUAAAACAAUCGUUUUUUUACCUGCAAUUCAAUAUAUCUUGUGACAAAUAUAUCCUGUGAAACACUGAACAGAUUUGUCAUUUUCCUCUUGGAUCACUGCCCCUGUGGUUCCUGGUUCAUGAUUGAUUGGAAUUUACUGCUUUUUUUCCUCUCUCUUUUUUUUACUUUUUUUUUUUUUUUUUGCAUAGGGCUAUACUGAUGUUUCUAAUGUACUGUCUAAAAGUGAAACAUAUGUGUCUUAUGUGUGUUAUUCCAAUUUAUAUCACACAUUAGUGCACCUGCAGAUUUUUUGAAAGUGCAGGUCUCUUUUAUUGAAAAUGAGUGUGCAUAUAGAUUUUUGGCUGGACCGCAACAGCGGGGCCAGCCCUACAAACGCAAAUGUCUGUGACUGAGUGAUGAAGUUACCCCAUUGGUCAGCCGAGUUAUGAAGUUACACCAUUGGUCGGCCGGUCCAGCCAUAUACUAGGUUUUGACCUGGUCUUGUUUUUUUAUUUAACUAAAUGCAGUUUUUUUUUUACAUUUGCUAGAUGAGAGAAAUUGCAACUGUUGCAACAUGACCUCGUAAAGUCACACAAUAAAUCUGUGUUUCCAUUUUCUUGAGAAUAAAAUUACAGAAAACGUUUACUCUUCCAGUGUU